UACACAUAAUUUGGAUGGCCUGGAUCUUGGGUUUAGUUUUUGGCUGUAACUAGUGUUAUUAGCGAAAUAAGUUGGACUGAUCGAUGGCUUUGACCAUUUAAUUAAUUUAUCCCGUUUUGUUGGGAAACAGUUUUCUGCCUCUUAAUGUAAUAUCUACCCUCAAAAAUCGAGAUGACAAAAGAUUACGAUUACCUAUUGAAGGUGCUCUUGGUGGGAGAUAGUGAUGUCGGUAAACAUGAAAUAUUAUCUUGCCUUGAAGAUGCAUCUUCAGAAAGUCCAUUCUGCAGCGGAAACGCAUAUAAAACAACAACUAUACUUCUGGAAGGCAAGCGUGUUAAAUUACAAAUUUGGGAUACGUCUGGACAAGGUCGAUUUUGUACAAUUAUAAGAUCGUAUUCAAGAGGCGCCCAAGGAAUAAUUUUAGUUUAUGACAUUACGAAUAAGUGGAGUUUCGAUGGAAUUGACCGGUGGUUAAAAGAAGUAGAAGAGCAUGCUCCUGGCAUUCCAAAGGUAUUAGUAGGUAACAGAUUGCAUCUUGCCUUUAAAAGACAGGUUUUAGCUAAACAUGCAGAGCUUUAUGCUUCCCGGAACAAUAUGUCGUGCUUUGAGAUCUCUCCUCUUUGUGAUUUUAAUAUCAGAGAAUCGUUUUGCGAACUUGCUCGAAUGGCUCUGCACAGAAAUGGUAUGGAACGGAUAUGGCGAAACAAUAAAGUUUUGUCCUUGCAAGAGUUGUGCUGCCGAACGAUUGUUAGAUGCACGAGCGUAUAUGCCAUUGACUCGUUAGCUUUGCCAGCAUCUGUGAAGUCAACACUGAAGUCCUACGCACUUACAACGUCGCAAAGCAUUCACAAUAUCAAUUAUGGGUCCAGAGUUAAAUACCAAUGUAAAUACCCAUUGAGUAAUAAUCGAAAUAGUUGUACUAUUUCAUGAUUAGACAUGUGUAUAUAAUUAGUUUUAGAUUUUAUUUUCAACAUUUUUAAUUAGGUAUAUAUUAUGUAAUUUUGAAAAGCAACGAUUCUUGUUAAUAUAUUUAUUUUAAUGAUGCGUUUCUGUCGGGAAUAAACGAAGUUUACUAAAGAAAUAAAGAA